CGAUAAGUCACUUCCCCUCCUGUAAAAUCAUGUGACUAUUAUCUGUUAGCAAAAGAAGUGUGAGCCAGUGAGGACAGACGGACGACGCCAUCACUGCAGCAUCGAGAGUUAAAAAGGAUGAAGUGCACGGCGGUCUUCCUCGUCCUGUCCAUGGUCGUGUUCAUGGCCGAUCCAGGGGAAUGUCGGUGGGGAUGGCUCCUCCGUGGAGCACAGUUCGCUGGGAAGAUGCUUCAUGGGAUUGUCAAGGAACACGGUGAGGCAGAAAACCAGCAGGACCAACUGGACAAACGUGGUGUGGACUACCGCCCAGAACAGCCUGGCUUUAACUGACCGUUCCACUCUAAACCACGUCAUGGAAAAGGAGUGAAAUGCUUGUCUUUCAGCGACAUAAACAAAACCGACCCACAAAAACAACCCAUGCUGAAAACAUUUUCACAUUGACUUCAUGUCUCUUGGAAUAAAUUUGCUUUAAAUGAACAUCAUG